AUGGCUGCCGGCCGGCAGGGGGAGCGGGGGAUCCGGCGCGGCCUGGAAGGCGGGCGGCCGGCGGCCGGAGCGGCUUCUGGGACGCCGACUUUCGCGCAGGCGGCGGCGGCGGCGGCUCGUCCCUAAACUGGAAGCCGGAGAGCAAGCCCUGGAGUUCACUAUUUCAAGAAAUCGUGUACUGAAGUGUAACGCUACGUAAGUCGCUACGUAAGUCACAGGAAGGAUCCUGAAACGUGAAAGAGCACAUGAUGUCUGCUAAUGGAAGAUAAAUGAGGAGCAAACUAGGAAGUACAUUUUGUCCCUGGAUUACUGCAUCUACUACUGGGCCUGAGUGUUGACAAUGACAUCGAUAAGAGGCUGGCAUUUCCUUCUGUUCUAACCAACCACUGUGUAACUGCGAAUGGGAACUAUGCAUAUUUGUUGGUCAGCAAAACCAAGGAACAAGAGCUAUGGCAGUUGAAAACGUCUGUCUGAUUCCAGGAUAUUUUUCCUGCGUUUUAUCAUCAGGAACCUUCUCCCUUUCAUCUCGGCCACAAUGUGGUACCUUUUACCGUUGGAUAAAGAUUAAGGACAUGUUUUUUGGUCAACAACCAGAACUUAAAAUCUGCUGGAAUAGGAUCAGAGACCAUUUCGGUUGCAGCUGAGGAAAAUGAAAUUUCCAUUUUAUCUGGUGCCUUGUACCGGGAGCACGCUGACUCUUCUGGAAACGAACGUGUGAAUGAAACGAGGUUGAGUUCUGUCGCGUAGAAGCUCCCGGUUAUGGCGAGUGAGCCGACGUGACCAGAGGGGCAGAGCCGCGGGGCACUCAUGACGGGCUAUACCAUGUUGCGGAAUGGGGGGGCGGGGAACGGAGGGCAGACCUGCAUGCUGCGCUGGUCCAACCGCAUCCGCCUCACCUGGCUCAGCUUCACCCUCUUCGUCAUCCUGGUGUUCUUCCCCCUCAUCGCCCACUACUAUCUCACCACUCUGGACGAGGCCGACGAGGCCGGCAAGCGGAUUUUUGGCCCACGGGCCGGCAGCGAGCUCUGCGAGGUAAAGCACGUGCUGGAUCUGUGCCGCAUUCGCGAGUCGGUGAGCGAAGAGCUCUUGCAGCUGGAAGCCAAGCGGCAAGAGCUGAACAGUGAAAUCGCCAAGCUGAAUCUGAAGAUUGAGGCCUGCAAGAAGAGCAUCGAGAAUGCCAAGCAGGACCUGCUGCAGCUCAAGAACGUCAUCAGCCAGACCGAGCAUUCUUACAAAGAGCUGAUGGCCCAAAACCAGCCCAAACUUUCUCUGCCCAUCCGACUGCUCCCAGAGAAAGACGAUGCUGGCCUUCCUCCCCCAAAGGUCAUCCGGGGUUGCCGGCUACACAACUGUUUUGAUUAUUCUCGUUGCCCUCUCACCUCUGGUUUUCCAGUCUAUGUUUAUGACAGUGACCAGUUUGUCCUCGGCAGCCACCUGGAUCCCUUGGUCAAGCAGGCUUUUCAGGCUACAGCGCGAGCCAAUGUUUAUGUUACAGAAAAUGCAGACAUUGCCUGCCUGUAUGUGAUCCUAGUGGGAGAAAUGCAGGAACCGGUAGUGCUGCGGCCUGCCGAACUCGAGAAGCAGUUGUAUUCUCUGCCACACUGGCGGAGAGAUGGACACAACCACGUCAUCAUCAACCUGUCGCGGAAGUCAGAUACACAGAAUUUACUCUAUAACGUCAGUACGGGCCGUGCCAUGGUGGCCCAGUCCACCUUCUAUGCUGUCCAGUACAGACCUGGCUUUGACUUGGUAGUGUCGCCACUAGUCCAUGCCAUGUCGGAACCCAACUUCAUGGAAAUCCCACCACAGGUGCCAGUGAAGCGGAAAUAUCUCUUCACCUUCCAGGGUGAGAAGAUCGAGUCCCUGCGAUCCAGCCUGCAGGAGGCCCGCUCCUUUGAAGAAGAAAUGGAGGGCGACCCUCCAGCCGACUAUGACGACCGGAUCAUUGCCACCCUGAAGGCAGUGCAGGACAGCAAGCUAGAUCAGGUCCUGGUAGAGUUUACCUGCAAGAACCAGCCUAAACCCAGCCUGCCUACGGAGUGGGCGCUGUGUGGGGAGCGGGAGGACCGCUUAGAGUUGCUGAAGCUUUCCACCUUUGCCCUCAUCAUCACCCCCGGGGACCCUCGCUUGGUCAUCUCCUCUGGGUGUGCAACACGGCUCUUCGAAGCCCUGGAGGUCGGUGCUGUCCCCGUGGUGCUGGGGGAGCAGGUGCAGCUUCCGUACCAGGACAUGCUGCAGUGGAAUGAGGCGGCCCUGGUGGUGCCCAAGCCCCGAGUCACCGAGGUCCAUUUCUUGCUAAGGAGUCUCUCGGACAGUGACCUCCUGGCUAUGAGGCGGCAAGGCCGCUUUCUCUGGGAGACUUACUUCUCCACUGCUGACAGUAUUUUUAAUACCGUGCUGGCCAUGAUUAGGACUCGCAUACAGAUCCCCGCUGCUCCCAUCCGGGAAGAGGCAGCGGCUGAGAUACCCCAUCGGUCAGGCAAGGCUGCGGGGACCGACCCCAACAUGGCCGACAACGGGGACCUGGACCUGGGGCCGGUGGAAACAGAGCCACCGUACGCCUCGCCCAAAUACCUCCGCAACUUCACGUUGACUGUCACUGACUUUCACCGCAGCUGGAACUCUGCUCCAGGGCCCUUCCAUCUGUUCCCCCACACACCCUUUGACCCUGUGUUGCCCUCGGAGGCCAAAUUCUUGGGCUCAGGGACCGGAUUUCGGCCUAUUGGUGGUGGAGCUGGGGGUUCUGGCAAGGAGUUCCAGGCAGCCCUUGGAGGCAAUGUUCCCCGAGAGCAGUUCACCGUGGUGAUGCUGACUUACGAGCGGGAGGAAGUGCUUAUGAACUCUUUGGAGAGGCUGAAUGGCCUCCCUUACCUGAACAAGGUCGUGGUGGUGUGGAAUUCUCCCAAGCUGCCCUCAGAGGACCUUCUGUGGCCCGACAUUGGUGUCCCCAUCAUGGUGGUUCGUACUGAGAAGAACAGCUUGAACAAUCGAUUCUUGCCCUGGAACGAAAUCGAGACGGAGGCCAUCCUGUCUAUCGACGACGACGCUCACCUCCGCCAUGAUGAAAUCAUGUUUGGCUUUCGGGUCUGGAGAGAAGCACGGGAUCGCAUCGUGGGCUUCCCUGGCCGGUACCACGCAUGGGACAUACCGCAUCAGUCCUGGCUCUACAACUCCAACUACUCCUGUGAGCUGUCCAUGGUGCUGACAGGCGCUGCCUUCUUUCACAAGUAUUAUGCCUACCUGUAUUCCUACGUGAUGCCCCAGGCCAUCCGAGACAUGGUGGAUGAGUACAUCAACUGUGAGGACAUCGCCAUGAACUUCCUCGUCUCCCACAUCACUCGGAAGCCCCCCAUCAAGGUGACUUCUCGGUGGACUUUCCGAUGCCCGGGUUGCCCUCAGGCCCUGUCACACGAUGACUCCCACUUCCACGAGCGGCACAAGUGUAUCAACUUUUUUGUCAAGGUGUACGGCUACAUGCCCCUCCUGUACACCCAGUUCAGGGUGGACUCUGUGCUCUUCAAGACCCGCCUGCCCCACGACAAGACCAAGUGCUUCAAGUUCAUCUAGGGCAUUGCAGGUUUUGGGGAGAGGAUGGGCAGAGAGAGGGAGAUGGCUCUUAAGGUUCCUAGGCAUUGAAAGGACCUUGGGGACAUCGCUGGGUGGGUGGCCCAGGCCCCCUGCUGGGAGAGGCAGCAGGAAGAGUGGGAAGGAGAUAGCCGCCUGCCUUUAUCUCGAAGUCCGCCACACUGGGCCCGGAACCCUGGACCGGGCCCCCGGGGUUCCCUCCAGGGCACUGACUGAUAGCUUACACUGAGGACCCACGGGGCUCUGUGGAGUCACUCACGUAGUUCAUAGCCCGGGACAGCUGGUUUGUGGUUUUUAAAUUCAGUAACAACUAUUAUUAUUUAAAAAGAGAAAGUUUCAGAUUCGCCAUUUGAGGCUUAUUUAUAUGUAUGUGUGCGCACACACACAUAUAUAUGUAUUUUUGGCAGGAAGGGUUUGACAUUUUUGCCUCUCUAAGUGAGGGCUCCAUCAGGCUCCUGUGUUCCGUGUUUGGGCGGAGAUGGGUCCUGGCCUCUUGUUCCUGGCUCAUGCUUGAAGAUCAUCUCCCGUCCUCCCAGGGCCAUCUGUGUGCAGACACAAGCAAAGGAGGGACUUGGCCGUCCUAUGGGCCUCGGACAGGACGAGAUCUGUGGGUCUGUUCCCUUCCCCUUCCCGUCGCGGGCCAGUGGUCUAACUCACCUUCUCUCACGAGAAUCCUUGGGGAGGACCCUUCUGCCAGCUGCAGUGGUUUCUGAGGAUUCAUCCAGGCUUGUCCCAGGACCUGUCCCUGCAUUCCCACUGUCCCUUGCCGAGGAAGUAGGCGGCCUGAAGACAGCACUCCCAGGGGCUCUCUGUGCCCUGCCCUCUUGUCAAAAAUGAUGAUGUGCUUUUGGGCGUCAGGCUUUUCUUGAAGUGCUGUCUCUUGGGUAAAUGCACAGCAGACAGACCUUGCAGGCCACACGCCGGGUGUGGGCCGAGUGGUCUGCCGGUCGGCCUGCUCUUGCCAGGGUAGCCCAAGCCAGCAUCCUUUGAGGAUCCCACCCGGCGGGCAGGCACCUGCCUUGGGAUGGAUACCUGGGUGAAAGUUACCUUGCCCGCCGCCUUUGUCCGGACCUCCCUCCUGUGUUACUUACCUGUGGUUUGGACCCCUGAUGCCAGGUUGGCUCUAGGACCCCCUGAGGUUUAGUAUGUGCUGGAACACUGGGAGGCUGUGAUUUGCUGUGUGAGCUCAAAUCCAGCCUUGGAAUCUGUCCAUUCCCACCCCACGUCUGCCACUCACCACUCCCAGUCCAAACUUCCGUUCCUUGGGCUGAAACUGAAAUAAGCUAAUAUUUUGGUCAUGGUGACAGGAGGGGAACUGAAGAGGGUGUAAGUGGCGUCUGUCAGGGAUUUAGCCCAUGACUUCUAUUUUUGUGAACCCCACUUUCUCAAAGCGGAGUUGACUACAGAAGGUUUCUAGCAACCGAACAAAAGCUCAGGUCUGUCCCGGUCAUGCACAUGCCUUAAGCCAGUUCUGUCUUCCCUAGACCUUGACAUCCUGUGCUUCUCUUUCUUGGGGUACAUUCUCCUCUGACCUGCCCAUCCCAAAUGUGUUCUCUGCAAGUAUUACUUUGAUGCCAGGCUCUUUUUUGUAGAUUCCCCCAGCUGGAGAGCUGGCUCGGCUUGAGGGCACUCUCCCACUGGCAGACAGGACCGGGGCUGCCCAGAGGUUCCCCUGGCGUCUUCUCGUAGCUCCCCCACUGAGGCAGCCACCCCGGAAUGAGGUUGUGCUUCUCAGCAGCCCAGCAAAGGGGGCCAGACUGCCUGGCAUCUGAGCUUUCUAAUCGCUCUUUCCUUUACUUCUGACUUCAUUCUUUUUAGCAGUAGCCUCUUCCCUUGGGGAGCCAAAGAACGUGGUGUGUUGCGCUAUGUAUGUGGCUGCUAUUUUAUUUUGUUUCUUUUAAUGUGAGGAACGCCUGAACUGGCUGUCAGGGGACCCGGUGAGCCGAGGGCAGUCUGUGGUAGGACCCCCUUUAGUGGAACCAGAGUGCUGGGUCCCCGAAUGUUACUGGUAGACCGAGUAGCUGAGCGGGCUACAGUUAGGGAUGACGACAGUGUGUGCUAGAGGGAGGGCAACGGUGUCAGAGCCUCACACGAGGGCAGCACUCUGUGGCCCCGAAAGGAACACUAACUCGACUUCGGACUGGCCGUGUCCCUAAAGGGCACGCGCUCCUCGGUGAGAGGUGGCGUGCUGCUGGCGAGGCCUCCUGAGGAGCGGCGCCGAGGCGCGCUGCGGGCGGGCGCGGGAGAGGCCCAGUGCGCUGCCUUCGGUGUCGCCCACCACCCGUGACCCACCCGAAACAGGAACGCGGCUCUGCAGACCCCGGGCUGUCCGUAGGUAACACCUGGUUAGCUAGUCGUGGCGCCCAGGGCCCGCUGCGACCUUGUUUCCAGUUUGCUGUCACCGUGAGGGCGCUGCCUCCGUGGCAGCUCGCGGGGCCCUCAGGCCAGUCCGCGCCUCGGCUCCUGGCGCUGGUCUCCGGGCUUGCGGGCCUGCACCACAGCCAGGGCUCCCUGGUCACCGGGGUCCCACCUGAGAUGACAGUGGCUGCUGGUGCGCGCAGGGAGCUGCUGCUGGGAACGCGGCGCGCUGAUGCCCACGCCGUGCCCAUCCAUCCCACCCUCUCCAGUCACGAGCACAAUGGUCUUACGUUGGAUUUUUGUAAAAAAAAUAAAAUAAAUGGAAACUUUAACUCAA